AUGCGGGCGGGGGCGGGGCCGCAAACCGCGCCUCCGCCAGGCCACGCCCCUUCCCCGGUGACCGGCGGCGGCGGCGGCGGCGGCGGCGGCAUGGCCGUGUGGACCCGGGCUUGUAAAACGGGGCUGCUGGAGCUGCUCCUGCGGGAGCGCUGGGUCCGCGUGUCGGCGGAACUGACCGGGGAAACGCUGAGCUUAACGGCGGAACCGGGGACCGGCGAUCCGUCGGUGGUGAACGGCGUGGUGAACGGCAACGCGGAGGCGGCGGCACCCGGUGGCGUGAGGAGGGUGCGGGUGGUGAAAGCGGAGGCGGGAGGGCUCGGGAUCAGCAUUAAGGGAGGUCGGGAGAAUCGGAUGCCGGUGCUGAUCUCACGGAUCUUCCCGGGAUUGGCGGCGGAAAGGAGCGGAGCGCUCCGGUUAGGCGACGCCAUCCUCGCUGUUAACGGCGUCGAUCUCCGCGAUGCCACCCACGAUCAAGCUGUGCAGGCGCUGAAGAGAGCCGGGAGGGAGGUCAUCCUUGAAGUGAAGUUCAUGAGGGAGGUGACCCCCUACAUCAAGAAGCCAUCGCUGGUGUCAGACCUGCCGUGGGAGGGGGCGGCCCCGCAGUCCCCCAGCCUGAGUGGCAGCGAGGACUCGGGGUCCCCCCAGCACCAGGGCCCCCGUGACCGCAAGGUGAUCCCCCUCAAGAUGUGCUUUGCUGCCCGGAACCUCAGCAUGCCCGACCUGGAGAACAGGCUGAUCGAGCUGCACUCUCCGGACAGCCGGAACACGCUGGUGCUGCGCUGCCGGGACACAGCCACGGCCCACGCCUGGUUCAGCGCCCUGCACGCCAACAUCACCGCGCUGCUGCCCCAGGUCCUGGCCGAGCUCAACGCCACGCUGGGCUCCGGCAGCCCCACGGCCGGCGGCCGGGAGGUGAAGCACAUUGCCUGGCUGGCCGAGCAGGCACGCCUGGACGGCGGGCGGCAGCAGUGGCGGCCGGUGCUGAUGGCAGUGACGGAGAAGGACCUGCUGCUGUAUGAUGGGAUGCCCUGGACCAGGGACGCCUGGGCCUCGCCCUGCCACAGCUACCCGCUGGUGGCCACCAGGCUGGUGCACUCCGGCUCCGGGCGCCGCUCGCCCGCGCUGGGCUCGGAGCUGACGUUCGCCACGCGGACGGGCUCUCGCCAGGGCGUGGAGAUGCACGUGUUCCGCGUGGAGACCCACCGCGACCUGUCGGCCUGGACGCGCGUCCUGGUGCAGGGCUGCCACGCCGCCGCCGAGCUCAUCAAGGAGGUGACCGUGGGCUGCACGCUGGGCGGGCAGGAGGUGCAGCUCUCCAUCCACUACGAGGGCGGGUUCACCAUCUCCCGGGACGAGCCGGGCUCCAGCGUGCUCUUCCGCUACCCCUACGAGCGGCUGAAGAUGUCUGCGGAUGACGGCAUCAGGACCCUCUACCUGGAUUUCGGGGGCCCUGAGGGCGAGCUGGCGCUGGACCUGCACUCCUGCCCCAAGCCCAUCGUCUUCGUGCUGCACACCUUCCUCUCGGCCAAAGUCACCCGCAUGGGGCUGCUGGCAUAGGUGCCCCAGCCCCCUCGCCCUGUCACCACCAGCUGGGGGUCACAGAGGGCCCCCCAGCCUCUCCUGCCCCAUCGGUGCCUUGCUGGGACUGGGAUCGCUGCCCUGAGAGCCGCCGGGAGUGCGGCAGGACGGACAAGCCCCUCCUGCCCCACGGCUGCGCUGCCGGCCCCCAGUGCUGGGGGUUGGGUUACUCACACCAGCUUUAAUCCCCCCGGGGCUGAAGCCAUCGCUGAUCUCACCGCCUGUGCCUUGGAGCGGGGCCAGCCCGGGCCCCCUGCCCGGGGGACCCCUCGUGCCCCCAGCUCACCUCCAGGGGAGCCCGUGUCCCCCUGCCUUGGGGCUUCCCCCAAAGAGGUCACAUUGUCCCCACACGGGGCAGGGCUGGGGCUGUGGGACCCCCCCAUUGCUGCAUGACAGGGUCUCCACACCCUGCUCAGGGUGAGGGGACACGUUUGUCUUACCGGGGGCACUCAGGGGUGCAGAGGGGGUGCUCUGGCACAGGUCCCGGUCCCUGGGGCUUGGCCUCCCCCCCAUGCCCCCCAGCAGUGCCCCCCGGAUCUCCCAAAGGCUGAACAAACGCCGUGUCUGUGCCCGGGGCUGCAGGGACCCUGCGGGGCUGUCCCUCCCCCGGGACAGGACAUGUAGAUUGAUGCACUUUUCGCUUUUUGUACUUUCCCUCCCCUUGGGGGCAGCUCUCACACCCUGCGGGCUGGGGGGCCCAGGUGGGACCUCCAGGCUCCCCCCUCCUGCCGGGACCCCCGCACCCCCCGGGCAAACUCCUGCACGGUUCUCUGCUUCGGGGGGCUCUGGGGUCCUGUGGGGUGCUGGCUCGGGUGCUGCCCCCCUCCUUCUAUUUUUGUAUUCUUUGUAAAUCGCUAUUUAUAUCAGAUUGCCUUUUCCAGGGGC